AUGGCUGAGAACGCAAAGCUGCACAUCGCAUCAUCUCCAGCUUCAUCCCAGGGGACUGGCAACCCGGACUGUUCUAAACUGACAGACCAAAGCACCCCCGACGACCUUGCACUGCCAGAUUCAAAAUCACCGGCCCUUCACCUCAGCCAUCCCACCGACCAUGAGAACAAUCUAAUCUGGACGCUUGCCGCACCCCUCUGGAAAGAUGCGCUCACCGAUUCGCAGUUCCUAGAGGAAUGCGCCCAUCUCACCACCGUCCCCCUCGCGGCAAACGGGGGCAUGACGCAAUGGAUCCUCGUGGACAGGACGCUGCCUCCAGACCACCGGCCCGUGCUGGCGUCGUGUGAAUCAAUCCGGAAACGUUCGUUGCUCAGCGAUGCGGCCGGGAAUGUCACCGAGACCAUCACCCACGGGAUUGCCAGCGUCUUCUGCAACCCGCAGUACCGGAACAGAGGUUACGCCUCGCGAUUGCUGAGAGAAGUAGCUCAGAUUCUACCCACCUGGCAAGUCGAAGAUCACAAAAAGGUCGUGGGCAGCGUGCUGUUCUCGGGUAUUGGAGGGGCGUUUUAUGCUGCCCUGGGGUGGAAUCCGGCGCGGAGUGUCGAGAUCCAAUUCAGCCCUAUGGUAGUCGAGAAUCCUGGUGCUUCUGAUAUUCUAGCCGACCAGGUAGGCCGGCUUUGUUCAGAGGACGAGGCAAUGAUCCGACGAGCGAUGGCUGUUCCAGCUGAAAACGGAAAGGCACGGUUCAUGAUACUUCCUGAUCAUGAGCAUAUGCUUUGGCACCAUCGGAAAGAGGAGUUUGACUGCGAAAGAUUGGUCGGGAAGAAACCAGCAGUCAAGGGAGCCAUUGCGGGACAACCAGGCAGUCGAGUGUGGGCCAUCUGGAUGCAUCGGUACUGCCGAUCCCCAGGCGAUGAACCCUCGCCCAACACGUUAUAUAUCUUGAGGCUGGUCAUCGAGAACAAGCAGGGCGCACCGGUCGAGGAGUUGAAGGCUGUUCUCCAAGCAGCGCAGACUGAGGCCGCGCGCUGGAGAUUACACCACAUCAAGCUGUGGGACCCUUCACCUCGGGUUGAGCAGUUGGUCAAGCAGACGGGGAUUCAGCAUGAGAAAAUGACCCGAGAUGUGGACGGUGUUUGCUGCCUCAGGUGGUAUGGGGAGGGCAGCGGGCGGGAUGAGGCCCUGGACUGGGUUAGCAAAGAGAAAUAUGCCUGGUGCUAG